GCGGUGGCGCACGCUGCACAGCCGCUGGAAGGCACCGCUCCAGCACUGACAGACAGGAAGACGGACAGCUUCGUCGAGCAGACCGUUGUCGACCGGCCAUGGCACGCGUGUCGGCGGGAUGUGCAGUGCUGAUGUUGGCGCUGGUGGCGGUUGGCGUCGCAUCAGCGGCGGCCGGCGACGGCAAGUACACGACGCGCUACGACAACAUCAACCUGGACGACAUCCUGCACAGCACGCGCCUGCUCAACAGCUACAUCAACUGCCUGAUGGAGCGCGGGCCCUGCACGGCCGAUGGCAGGGAGCUCAAGGACAACCUGCCGGAUGCCCUGCAGACGGACUGCUCCAAGUGCAGCGAGAAACAGAAGGACGGCGCUGAAAAAGUCGUCAACUUCCUCAUCGAGAACCGGCCGGAUCAGUGGAAGGAGCUGGAAGCGAAAUACGACCCCACUGGCAUCUACAAGCGGAAGUACGAGGCGCGUUUGAAAAAGCAGUAAGAGGCAUCGGCGUCGGGAGGUACUGCUGUGACGCGAGCACCAACGAGUUGUCUGGCAAGAACUUCUCCCGUAUAUGCAACUCACAAACAAAGAUACUCUGUUGUACUCCAGUUCGCUCUAUAAAUAAAUAAAAGCACCUUUCAUUUA